UGCUUUGUUUUGCCUCAGUGUUGUUUGUCUGUCUGAACCUAAUUAGUUGUGUAUGAAGUCACACGCGCUCCUAAAAGCCGGCUGAAGUAACGCGGUGUGUUCCGACAUGGCGGUGACGUCAUGGUGAGACAGAAUGCAGCAGCGUGCUUAUAAAAGGCGCCUCUGGACACCUUUGUUAUGAGUCCUCUCAUGAGGCAACAAACAGAGGCGAGGGGGAGCAGAUUUACUUCGUUAUAUGGGCAUCAUGUCAUUUCCUCUGCUAAUAAUGAUCCUAAUAGCCUUUCCACUGUCCUCCAGUGGUGGAAAAUGGACAUAUGAUGGGCCUGUUGGAGAACACCACUGGUCCAGGAAUUACCCAUACUGUGGAGGGGCAUUCCAGUCUCCCAUAAACUUCCAGCCUGAGCUGCUGAGAUUUGAUCCAGACCUGCAGCCCAUUCAGCUGCAGGACUACAACCUGUCUAGCAAAGAGCAGCUCACCCUUAGCAACAAUGGACACUCUGUGCAGCUGUCUCUGCCAUCCCGGAUGCACCUCUCUGGUCUGCCACAUCGCUACUCAGCAGCUCAGCUUCACUUCCACUGGGGCUCCUCCAACACGCCGACCGGCUCUGAGCACACCAUCAACGGCAAGCAGUUUGCUGCAGAGAUGCAUUUGGUUCAUUUCAAUUCUGCCAAGUAUCCCAACAUCUCCGUAGCAGUGGACAAGUCUGAUGGUCUUGCUGUGCUGGGCAUUUUUAUUGAGGUGGGAGAGUUCAAUCCUGCUUUCGACCAGUUCCUCAAAUAUGUCAACGGCAUUAAAUAUAAAGGUCAGAAAGUGCAGGUGGCAGGCUUUAACAUCCGGGAGCUGCUUCCUGCUCGUCUGGAUGAGUAUUACCGUUACGAUGGCUCUCUUACCACUCCCCCCUGCUACCCCAGCGUGCUCUGGACAGUGUUCAGGAAUCCAGUCAGCAUGUCUCUCAGACAGUACCUGGCUUUAGCCACCUCUCUGUUCUCUUCUCAAGCUCAAGAAUCAGCCCCAAUGCCUCUGUUUGGGAACUACCGUAAAACCCAGCUAAUGGACAACAGAGUGGUUCUGGUCUCCUUCCAGCAGGGCUGGGGGCUGCAUGGUGCCACUUCAGUGGCAUCUCCCAUGCAGAGGACGCUGGUCAUCCAACAGCUGCUGAAUGGAGACCUAGCAGAUCUUGCAGAUGGAGGACUGCACCAUCUUUUGCCAAAGCUCCAAAGAAAGCCUUGGGCUGUUAAAAACUGGAGGAACAAUCCAAAGCAACAGCGCUUGGGCCAAGCCACUGAGAAACAUCAGAAGAACAAGGAUCUUGACACCACUGGAAACAAUCCAUCGGUCUGGAAGAACACCCAUGCAAGCUCCUAUAUGGGGAUGUUUGGUAUAAAUGAUGAUGCCUUGUGUUUUGUAUCCCUGGAAAAAAAUGUGUCUGUUCGGCUCAGGAGACAUCAUGCAGAUGCUCAGAUGAGCCAAGCUCUGAGAAAAGCCGUGUUUCCAGAGCUGAACCUGAAGAGCUACUUAAACUGCAGAUCUGAUUUGGAUCUGCAAACAAUCAGACACCUUCUUCGUUCCAGACCCACUGAUGAGGCAAAUGAGCUGGAUCAGGCCCUGACAAAAGUCAGUCAGGGGCAUAAGCAGAGGUCCAUGACACAGUACCAGGGCUCAGCACUGACCAAGCUAACAGGGCAGACCCAAGCUGCUGUCCUGAAGAAUAGCCACAACAUGGUGCCCACUAAUCACAGACUGCAGCCUAUGGAGUGGGAGGAUUAAAACCCCACUGAGGCCAUAAACACAGGCUGCAGAGUACAUUAUAAUAGUCAUCAAAGACCUUCUAUCACGCAAGCCCUGAAUAUUGAACAUUGAAACAAAUUUUGUUUCAACUAGGAAGUAAGUGCAGACCACAUAAAAAGAUUUAAGGCAAAACAUCAACAGUGUAUAUAAAAUUCAUACAAUAUGACUCUUUCCUGGCAAGAAGAUAUUUUUAUAUUUUAUUGGGUUAGGUUCUGUUUUAUUUGUGUCACAAUAAUUACAUAGUAAAGCAAUUACAGUCAUUCAAAGUGGAAUACAGUAGCAGAAGAUGAAAAAUAAUGGUGCUUGGCUACAUAAACAUUCCUGUGUUUUAUGUAAGUGUGUCAGGCGGCUUUUGAUGUGUGUUUAGACCAAAGAGAAAGCACAAAGGAAGGAAGCCACCUUUUGUGGAUUGCAAAACAAUUUUGAAUGGAGCAUCUCGAUCAUGAUGUGUAGAAGAAAAUACAAUAAAGCACUUUAACUGCACAA